GUGCGAUGAAAGCGCUUCCGGCAUUAGUCAUCGAGAAAGAAACACUCAAUUUAAAUCCGUAACAUUGUGCUAGAAGAUCUUGUCAAUUUUGCAAGCAUUUUGAAUCGUUGAUCAAGCGAAAAAGGCUGCUCAAGCAGGGGAAAAAUACUCUAGUGUAAAGGUGUCAUGCUCCAAGAGUACUUUUUCAACGUCGCAUUGUACUUGGAUGAGUUUUCAUAGAUUUCUCUGCAUACAACACGAUGGUAUCACGCACGCAAUGUGGAAUACCUCUUUCUUUUGCAGGAGGUUUAAACGUAAGUCUUUCAGAAGACAUGGAAGAUGUUGUUUAUCGCGAGAUGCAGUCAGGGAGGGAGGCCAUCCCUGGUUUGGAGCGGAAGUUUAGUAUGGUCAUGAAGGAUUUGUUUGAAACGGAGCUUCUGUCUAUUUUUUAUCUACAAGAUCCAUAUGCUAUAUUUUCUGGAAAGCUCAAAGCGAAUUUGGUCGGAAGUGUCAGCGAAGGAUUUGGUUUUCCUGAAUAUAUUCACUGGGAAGAAGACAGUUCCUCCAGAGUUGCUGUUCGUGAUGAGGCAGAUUUUAACCUUGUCUGGAGUUGGCUUAAACUUGGAGAGGAUUAUCCAAGUUGCAACUCAAAAACUCAACUGGACGGUGUGGUCGAAUUCAGCUCUUAUUUCCCAGGUUAUGCCAUGGUCAAGUUGGUGGCUAAUGAAGCAAUAACCCGCUGGAUAGAUCUUUCCAACACUGCCGUUAACUGUGAUGGAAGCAAAGUCGAAGUCUACCUACAUCCAUCUGCUGUCACUGAUGAAUUUUACAUGUCUUUGCAUCUGAGGAGUGUACUUAGUAACUUGAUCGUGAACAGCAUUGGAGAAAGUAAUGACGAAAAUGCAAACUGUUUCAAAUCUGAUGGCAACUUUGACAGAGAGGGAGGUGAAGAAAGUUCUAAUUGUGACCAAACAAAAUUUAAGUUACAGGUAGAACUUUCCUCACAUAAAUUCAGCAAGUCUGCUUACGAAUCUGGAAGGAACCAGAUUUUGUUUUUAGUUGAUGAAGGAGGACCAGCUGUAAAUGUUACUGUCUUUUCAAGAGAAGGUGGAGGUACUAUGCUGGAUAUGGCAUUAUGCCUAUCACUUCCUUCUUGGCCAACAGUGGCCAGUGAGUGGAUAUCAAGGCACAGACUAAGUGGUUGGCCAAGCCAGGAAUUGGUAUCUGAAAUAGUAAAUGAGGGAUGCUCACUGGUCCCUGUUAGUCCAUUGAGAAGUCAGACUGGCUUGGAAUGGCGCACAUCCUUUAGCUUGGCAGAAAAGAAGCUUGCACAAUCAUUGAAUGAUUGCCAGAAGGCCUGCUAUUUGAUUGUGAAAGGAAUCUGGAGGCAUUAUCUUAAACAUCCAAGUAAAAGAGGAUUGCAGUCUUAUCAUCUCAAAACAACAUUGUUUUGGGUGUGUGAAGAAGUGCCUACAAAUGAGUGGAGAAGAGAAAAACUUGGUAUUGGAGUACUGCAAAUAUUACAGAAACUGUACUACUUUCUUGUUAACAUGUUGUGUCCACAAUAUUUUAUUCCAGAAAAUAAUCUUUUUCAAGACAUUGAAGGAGAUGUGCUGAUGUCCACCCUUCAAAGAGUCUCUAUAGCCAUUUUGUCAAGGCAGCAAGUUUGGUAUGACAAUCCUGGACUUUUGACCAUGUUGCCACCAGAAAACUCUAGGAUGCACCUGACCAAACUUGAAGACCAGGCCUUCCGAGAGGCCAUUGAAAAUGUUUAUAGCUUUUGCUUCACUUUCGCAUCGCAUGAAGAUGAAGAACAGGCUGAAGAUUUUGAAAAAAUGCUGGCUCUCCGUGUGAAGGAAGCCUUAGAGAAAUGCCUUCAACCUCAGGGGUUUUGGCACCACUUGAUUGCAGUCUUUUUUGCCAUUUUUGAGAAGGCUGUCUUUCAACAAUACUGGGAUUCCUGUGCUGCUAUGAGGAGAUACAUUGGUGGAAGGAUUCCCCCUCGAUUGAUUGCUCUAAAGAAACCAAUUCCUUUGGAUCUGAUCAUCAAACUUUGUGCAUGGCUGGAUAUGUUCAAGUUUAGUUUCAAGUUAUUUGUUAAGUUUGUCAAUGAAGAAGGAAUGAAAGAUCUGACGAAUCUCGAAAACAAUGAAGACCAAGAGUCAUCAGAGGAGGACAGUGAUUCCGAGGGUACGGGCAUCAUGGGAGACUUUUCACAUCACAUCCUUUCAAAUCUAACCCAGGCAUUUAUGGAAACUGGCAAGUUUGACAUUGAAAUGACUUCUGAUGAUGAAAGUGAAGAAAGUGAAGUUGAUGAGGAUAACAAGGACUGAAAAGAACACUACUUACGAACAAUUUUAGAUUCCUAACCUUAUUCUCCCUAAAAUUGUUUUUCUUAAAGACAGUGGCUGGAGUUGUCUUGUGACUCAAUAAAAAGUCAGGCAGAUUUCAGAUUUGAUGGCUAGUGAAUCCUAAAAACCUAUGACAUGUGAUCUUCCACCAAAUUUUUUUGUUGGUUAUUGCGUGGUGUGACAAUCAUUAUCUCGCUGCUGACUGUGUGGAACGUACGUUCCAUGCUUGCUCAAAGGUGUGAAAAGUUAGUUAAAGCCACAGCUAACCUUUCAGAAAAAAAUCUUUGCAUUACAAACAAAAGAACUGUCCCAAAUGGUUUCAGAGAUCUUCAAGGUACAGUUCAUUAUGAGCUAAAACUCAGCUUAAAAUACAUUAUUGCAUCUAGUUAGAGGUGCUUUACAGCUUUUUUCAAAAGUGCUUGGUAGAAUAUUAUUGUCCAGAAAGGGUUUAUGAUUCUCUCAAAUCGUUGUUCAACCUUGCUGAAUCAACUAUGGACAGAACCGAUGACUAAGUAUCUCUCUUUAAGAACAGGAUGUAGAAUGAGUUUGAUUCUGUUGACAACAUGUAUAGCUUGUGUCAAAUGACUGAAUAUAGCAGGGAGGGGGAGCAUUUGACACACCCAUCUAGAAUGCUAUACACUGUAGAUACCUAAGUAGGGUAAUACUAUGAACUGCUGCAGAGUAGUAAUUCUGAAAAUUAGUUUUGGUCAGGAGUGUGGUGGAGAAACUAGCAUUUUGGCUUAUGAUGAAAUGUAAUAAAAUUGAUUCAAAGGAAUCCAUCACCA